AUGUCAGCGGCCAGAGAGAGAAUCCAGCCGGUUCGAACAGAAACACUUCCGGCCAAAACUACACCAGAACAAAGGUACUGGAGAGGGUUUACAAAUUCACAACUUGUUAAAGAGCACAAUGCCGUCACUCAUAUAGCAUUUGAUCCAAACAGACCACACAACUUCGCCGUGACCUCAUCAACAAGGAUUCAGGUGUUUUCUUCAAAGACAAGAAAAGUGGUGAAGAAUUUCACGAGAUUUAAAGACACAGUUUACAGCGGAGAGUUUAGACAUGAUGGAAAACUUUUGGUGGCAGGUGAUGCCAGUGGUUUAGUCCAAAUAUUCGACGCACAGCAUCCCAGAUCACUUCUUGUGACUCUGCAGCCAUCUACACACCCUACACAUGUGACAAAGUUCCAUCCUUCAAUAACAACACAACUUCUUACAUGCUCUGAUGACCGUGUGGCUCGUCUUUACGAUAUUUCAUCCACAGAAGAGCCAUUGAUGAGCUUUGGCGAACAUCAGGAUUAUGUGAGGUCAGGAAUAUUCAUCCCUGGAUCGAAUUUGGUGGCCACCGGAUGCUAUGAUAAUGUGGUGAGGCUUUUCGAUUGCCGAAGCGGAAAUACAAGCCCAGUUCUCACGAUGAAUCAGGAAGCACCUGUGGAAGAUCUUUUAUGUCUUAACUCAACUACGCUUUUAUCGUGUGGAGAAUCGGGAAUAAAAUGCUGGAAUUUGGCAGCCGGAAGAUGCUAUAGGACGAUGAACAACUUCACAAAGACUGUUACAUGCUUGUAUGAUGCGGGUGAAAGGGGAAUUUUGGCGGGAUCCAUGGAUGGACACGUUAAAGUUUUCGAUACAGCGAGCGAGAACUGGGACGUGAAGUUCGGCUGGAAGUUUGGAUCGGGUGUUUUGAGCUGUGGCAUUUCACCAAACCAGAAACAUUUGGUGGUUGGCCUCAACUCCGGGCUUCUCACAAUUAGAACGAGAAAGACGGAGCCAAGAGUUAAGCAGGGAGUCAAGCAACAGAAAAGUCACGCAUUUGCAAGAAUGAUCAGAGGAGCUGAGUAUCGGGGUGAGUCAGAAUAUCAUAUUCUUGAUGACAGUGUGAAGAACAACAACCGAAAACUCAAGCAGUUUGAGAGAGACCUUAAUGCAUUCAAAUGGAGUGAUGCGCUUGAUCACUCGCUAUUACCAGCACUCUCAAAAGAGUUGACUGUCACGUGCAUGGAGGAGUUAAGGAAAAGAGGUAAAAUUAGAGUUGCUCUUUCGGGAAGAGAUGCCUCCACCCUUGAGCCGUUACUUACUUGGUGUCUUAAAACGAUAGAUGACCCAAGAGACGUUCAUCUAAUUGCAGACUACUUGUCGUGCGUUAUGGAUAUGUACACAGAUCUUAUAGAGAGACAACCUGUGCUAGAGGAUCUCGUUUCUAGCAUUGAAGAGAAGGUUGACUUGGAGAUACAGAGAUGCAAGGAGGCACGCAGGAUAAUGGGAAUGUUGGAGCUUCUUAGUGUAUGA